AUGUUCUCAUUAUCGAAACAGCACGAGCUUCGAAGAGAGGCAACCUGUGUGGAAAUCGGCGGAAAACUUCGUCCAGGAGUCUAUAAUGCGGAACUCAUUGAUUGUACAGAUAAAAACGUCAUCGAAUUCGAGCACACUGAGAGCUGGACAAUUCAGGGUGGUGUUCUUCGACACAAGGAAAGAGGGCUGUGCCUGGAUGUGGAAGGUGUGGAAUCCGGUGGCGAUGUCUUAUUUACACGAUGCGAUGAGACUAAACGCCAGAAAUGGAGAUUCGACCGAUAUUUCGAACUUGUGUAA